CAAACGCCACACAACGUUUACAAAAAAUAGGUUAGAAAGAAAUGCACUCAAUGAUACAUGGUUUUUCAUUGUUUCAUAUAUGAUGAUUUGUCUUCUAGCAUGUGGACUAGAGAAAGAUGAAGGAUAUUGCUGUAAUAAACAUUGUUAUACAAAGGGAAGCUUCUUCUACUACGACUCCAAGUUAGGGAAAUGUCGACCAUUAGCAUACCAAGGUUGUGGCGGUAAUAUAAAUAAAUUUUACAGCAUGAAGGAAUGCAAGCAAGCCUGUAAAAAGGGAUAUGGUAAUAAAUGUGAGAUAUGUCCACCAUCUACAUACGUAUACGCUUCCUAUUGUGGUUGCUAUAAAAAGGGUUAUUGUAAUUGUAAACCUGGAUAUUAUUGCUGUCCAGUCACAUGCGGUAGACCAGACAAUAAACCUUUUAAAGGAUACUCAUGCAGAAAGCCAAUACAAGUAAAAUGUGCCAGGGGUCAUGGACAACAAGGUGGAGGUGACAGAAAAGUUAAAGACAAAGGCCGUAAAAAUACAAAGAGGCACGAUAACAAUGGUAAAGACUAUGGCGGGAAUGGUGACUAUUAUCAAGGCAGCGGAUAUGGGCCAUAAACCACAUAUUUCGAUCAAGAUUAAGGACAGGACAUAUGAAAAACAUAUUUGGAAUACCAUCAUAAGUAUGCAAAGAUUUAAGUCG